GUGAUUUGCUUUCUGAGUGUCCAGAUCUAUAAUCUAAGGUUCAGAUAUUGUUUGUGCUGUAUCAGCGACCACUAAGUUAGUCGGCAGUCAUGAUCAGAACAAGCCAUAUUAGUCCAACUCAUAGACUGUAGUCUAUGGUCCAACUCAACAGUGAAAAAACCGUGAUUUUCUUAUGAGAUGUCGUUUGUCUAAUGUGUUUAUACACAAAGACAUGCUGUCGUCGCCUAAGCACGGUGUAUGGCUAUAUAGACUGUACCCAUGUGCUAUUUAAAGCCUCUCACUUUAAAGGCAAUGUUUUUUCUCACGCUGACUUUAAGAACACGGCCACGGCCACAUGCUUUGCAUUGUGGGAAGUCACAGGAAGCGGAUGUGUACAUGUGAUGUGCAGCUUGCAGUAGGGUUGAUAAGUUCUUGAUUCGUUUUUAUUUGUGUCUGUUCAAGAAUGCUUCUCUUGUUUUUAAAUCUUUUUUGAUAAAUGAAAUAAAAUAUUGCACUUUAUUGAUGUGAGUCAGUCCAGAGUUUGAUACCGUUGCAUCUCAGACAGCGGCUAACUGCUGGUCACAGAACUUACACCGCAUGAGCACAUGGCAUCUCGGCAACCUUUCACAGAUUCCGACACUGCAGAUGAAGCAGUUCGGACAACUUGCGAUGACGCAUCAACAUGUAAAAGAUUUGCAACUAGUAGAGGCUACUGGUCAGAUCCUUAUAUCCAGUAUUUUGUGAGGACGACAGGCGAACGAAAAGCCCCUGAGAUCAACAGAGGUUAUUAUGCCCGAGUUCAUGGAAUGAACCACCUGCUGGAUGCUUUUCUCAGGAAAACCGAUUGCAACUGUCAGGUGGUGAAUCUUGGUGCAGGGCUAGACACCACCUUCUGGAGAUUAAAGGGUAUGAACAUGAUGCCAAAAAAGUAUUUUGAAGUUGAUUUCCCAAUGAUUGUAGCUAGGAAAAUACACAACAUCAAGACUAAACCACCUUUAUCCAAACCUCUUAUUGAGACUCACUCAACUGACUCUCUUCUGUUUGAUGGCCACAGCCUGGACUCUGACAGAUAUUGCAUCAUCGGCACCGAUCUAAGGGACCUUCCAAACCUAGAGGAGAAGCUGAAGAAAUUUCAAAUGAAUGCUGAAUUACCUACACUGUUCCUGUCGGAGUGUGUGCUGGUGUACAUGACUCCUCAGCACUCCAACAAGCUGGUGCACUGGGUGGCAGACACAUUCCACACAGCCAUGUUCGUCAACUACGAACAGGUGAAUAUGGCCGACCGCUUUGGCCAGGUGAUGGUUGAGAACCUGCUGAGGCGCCAGUGCACUCUUGCUGGAGUUGAGGUGUGCCAGUCUCUGGACUCACAGAAGGACCGCUUUCUGUCAAAUGGAUGGGAGAACGCUGACGCUCUGGAUAUGAUGACGGUCUACAGCCUUUUGCCACAGGACGACAUAGCCAGAAUCGAGCGUCUGGAGUUUUUGGACGAGAGGGAACUGCUCCAGCAGCUUCUUCAACACUACUGCAUCUGCUGGGCGUCCAAGGACAAGCUCAGGCUAGGGCUCUCCCAGGUUGCGUUCUGAUGACCGGCGGCCUUGUAGAUGUCUCAAAGUGCCACACACCCAUGCUGGAUGGGAUGAAGUGUGAGGUCAUCUGAACAAUGGGUUUCCUCUCAAUCCGGCGAUGCCAUGGAAACCACCACAUCAGCAGUUCACUCGUUUUCUUCAUCUUCUUUGUUGUCUUUUUUUAUGUGGCUUUUGUCUUCCACACCCAUGAAUUUUGGUGUUAUUUUCAUGUUGAAUGAGAUUGGAUCCAACCAUAUCUCAGAUUAAAGCAAUCAUCAUUACUAACUCAUUUUGAGACAAUUUCAGGCACGUGUUUUUAUAAUGUUAUUUAUUUGUAAUGUUUGUGUUAUCUAGAAAGCACUACCGGUAUAUAUUUUCAGACAUCCAGUGUUGCUUAAAUUAUUUGAUUGUCCAAUGCUCUAAUUUUCUUGUAUAUUUUACUGCAUGGUAUUGCUAUUCUGUGGAUACAUUUUGAUAUGGUUAAGAAUAACUACCAUUGCUAAAUUAAAGUAUUGAUAAAAGCAUGAAUGGAAUUACUGAUAUCUUCCAACACUGCCCCAAAAAAUGUUAAAAGUAUGCUGUCUGUAAAAUUCAUAAUACAACUAAGAUAAAUGCAAGCAUAUCUUGUAUUGCAUUCAUUUAUAUUUCGUUGUCUGGGUUAUCCUAAACAAUGAUCAAGUCACUCCCUUAACUCUUAAGUUUUGUAAUCACUAUCUACAGUGUAGUCUACAAUGGAUUUUCCAGUUGUGUGUGGUCAUUCAUACGCUACUCUUACAUAAUGUAAUGAUUAUAUUCUUAACAAUUCUUGAACUGGAAUCAUGUUGUAAUAAUGGACAUUAUGAGCAUUAAGGCAUCUUGUUCUAUCAGCUAUAAAUGACAGGCUGUCACACACCCUUCCCCCUCUAACUUGAUUUUUAAAAGUUUUUACAUUCUCAUUGUCUUUAUAGGAUGUCAAAAUGUGACCUUGUUUCUACACUAAAACUAUUUACAUUUCCAUUACAAUCAUUCAUCAAAUGUUGAGUCUACUGUCAGAGUCAAGUCCAGGCCAGUAAAUUGAUUCCUUUCAUACUGUAUGACAGUCUGUGCAUUAACAAAAUAGCAGAGCUCCAGGCUCCAUGGGACAGAAUCAAUUCACUACCCUGGUGACCUGCAGAGUGAGGACAAGGUGGGGGAUAUGCUCUGUGAGUUGUAUUGUGGGUGUGGA